CUCUCUCUCAACCUUCAGGCACCGGUGUUACUUCGGUCUCUUUAUCGCCGUCGACCGCGAGUGGACCUACGCCGUCUUCUGCUCUAGAUCAGGGUGUAGGCAGCUCUCUCACAUCCUCCUCGGCGGCGCCGACAUCCACCAGCUACUCGGCGGGGACCUCAACAAGUGACAGUUCUUCGACCGUUACUGUCAGCUCCACUGAAACUUCAGCAUCCGCCAGCUCAUCGGCUGCUACUUCUCUGCAGGGGAUGAACCUAUUGGAAGCACACCGACCGGAAGCCCAUCAACGAGCGACAGUUCCUUGACUGCUACUAUCAGCUCAACUGAAACUUCAGUAUCUGCUAGCACACCUCCUAUCAGCUCACCUACAGGUGACGCGCCCGAUGGGAGCUCGCCGACCGGAACCUCUUCAACAAGUGCCAGCUCACCCACUGUCACUUUGCCCCCAGAUAGUUCGCCUGCUAGUAGCUUGAGUAACGCCCCGCCUAGUGAGUCCAAUGUCGGACCAACCCCCGGUAAUCCGGCGUCCACCAGUGUCCCACCGACAUCACAACCGCCUAGUCCUACCGCCCCGCCGACGACGGACGCCCCGCCAACGGGAUCACUAACAGGAGAAGAAGUCGGGGUUACCUCGCCUGUGUCGUUCACUUCAACCCAAGGGACUUCACCAACAUCUAUUCCUAGCCCGCAAGAUGGCGUCACUUCCAGCGCCGGAGGGGGCGGAGGUCCAACGAGCGUCAGCACCCAGGUUACGCUCUCUUCCCCGGUCGUAGGUCCGCCUGCGUCGACGUCUCUCUCAGCCACUACACCGGUGCCAUUGACUCAAGCGCCUUUACCCCCUACAAGCACACUGAGUCCCCCAUCAUCUUCUGAUACCCUUGCAUCUGCAUCACUCUCAAACCCUACUUCGAGCUCCGAUGUAUCACUGUCAGAUGCAUCGAGCACAACGCUACCAACAACCAGAUCGGUUACGCCCCAUCAGUUCAUCACGGGCUCCCCGACACCAGAAGUUGUCACCAGUGGUGUGGUCAGCGGGAGUGUGACGAUAUCUACCGUUGUGACUAUAUCACCUUCGGGCAUCAUUCCCGGAAGCUGGGAACCUGACAAUUCCAAGUCGUCAUCGAGCAAACGAUUGGGCGUUAUCCUUGGAUCGACCUUUGGUGCACUUGCUUUGAUCGUCAUCGCAGUGGCAAUCCUCCGGUGUCGCGCUCGGCGACGCCGACAACGCUAUGGCCAGAUGCUUCAAGACUAUGAGGAGUGCUUCCCGCCUGACGAACCUCACCACCAAGAUGGUCAUACUGGACGGAACACGACACUGAGCCCUAUAACCGAAAUGUCUGAAACGACCACCGCCAGGUCGAUUUCCGUCCGACGGUCGAGCGUCCGCUUCAGCCUGCCGCCAGUUUCUUCGCACGCGUCUGCGGCGAACAACAUCUACCGCGCGUCGACGUCAACGAUGUCGCCCUUUGCAGACUCGACCGAGUUCAGCGACGAGCAGCUGACCGACCCAUUCUCGGAUGCCAACUCGGUCGCAUCGUCCAAGACGAGCGCACCGAGCGAGCACUCGUCCGACACCGUUUCGACGCGCAUACACUUCAGCUCUGAAGCCGCCCAGUCCGUGGCGGGCUCGAAUCGCAACAGCGCCUACUCCGCUGGUAGCGGUGGCUUCACAAGCACCGACUCAGUGAGCGAGUCCCUCCGCUUUGCUGAGUUGGCCAGUCGUUCGUCCACUAUGUCCUCACGGUACAACCCGCGAUCGAGCAGCGGGCCUGAGCCGUCGACUGACCAAGAGCGAGACUUGAAAUCGUCAUUCAUUCCCGUUACACAAGCACGGCUGCGCCGGCUCUUAGACGAAGUCAGGGGGAACUAAAAGUUUGAAACUGUUGUUGUAGUUUAUUCGUUCGUUUCUUACUAAUAAGGACCGUUUGUACAUGAUGAGGAUUGGUCUCCCUAUUACUCCGAACACUUUGCAUGUUGUUGGACUAUGCGAAUUUAGCUGGA